CUGACAGGUAAUGUUGGUGUUCGUUAUCGCCCUCGGCUUGCAUUUUAUAUUAGCAAAACAUUGUAAAAUAUUCGCCUUCGCUUCGGAGUUUUCUUAUCGACAGAGAGUGCAUUGAAUUAUGUGGAGAGCAAUGCCAGUGUAGCAUCACACUCGGACCCAGCCCAACCCGCCUGCCCUCGCCAUGCUCCUGCGUCUGCCCUUGAUGCUGGUGGCGCGUUAUUUGCACAACGGAAGACUUCGUUUGCUGUUCGUCGCACUGAUUGUGAUACUGAUUGGCGGCAUUGCCCUCACCUACAACUGGCAAAAUGACUUGCAGCAGUGCUUCAUGGACAUCGAAGAGCCAACACAGUCGACAGUGGCAGAUGCAGACCCGCUGGCACCCAUCCGCCUAGAGGAUGUACUCCAGGCGGAGCCCAAGCCCACACCCGGACGCAGCAUAUUCUUUCACGAGACCAGCUGCCACCAGGCGGAGCACAAAAAGUACAAAAUGCUGCAGCUAUCCGCCCGUCAAGCCUGCGCCAUCGAAUCCGCGGCAUUGCAUAAUCCGAAUUUCCAGGUGUUUGUCUUGUUCGCCGGGCCCACCUACCGAGCCACCCCCCACGGACGCAACAGCAGCAGCCCGCAGCCACUAGUCGAUGCCAUCCUAAGCUACAGCAAUGUCCAUUUGCGGAAUCUGAAUCUCUGGCGCUACGCCGCAGGCACACCCAUCGAGGAGUGGCUCAAGGACGGUAAACUCUUUCGCUCGCGCUAUUUAUUCUCCCACAUCUCGGAUUUCCUGCGUUACUUGACUCUGUUUCGCUAUGGAGGAUUGUAUUUGGACAUGGAUGUGGUUGUGCUGCAAAACAUGGAGGAUGUGCCACCCAAUUACACUGGAGCCGAGUCCAAUACCCACCUGGCCGCUGGCGUCAUGAGCUUGGCAGCCACUGGCUUUGGUCAUGAGAUUGCCGAGUCCUGUCUGCGCGACUUUCAGCACAAUUUCGAAGGCAGAGAUUGGGGUAACAAUGGCCCGGGUGUGAUUACCCGCGUGGCCCAACAGAUUUGCGGCACCAAGGACAUUGCACUGAUGCAGGAGGAUAGCAAGCGAUGCUUGGGCUUCAAGGUGUAUGGUCGCGGCGCCUUCUAUGCCGUGCCAUGGAAGCAGUGGCGCGACUUCUUCGAGCCGGACAAACUGGAGGAGACCAUGGCCCGCACCAAGGACUCGUAUGUGGUGCAUGUGUGGAACAAGCACUCGAAUCAGCUAGCGAUCAAGGUUGGUUCAACCAGCGCCUAUGCCAAAUAUGCCGAACUAAAUUGCCCGCGAGCCUAUCAUGCGGCGGGUGAAUACUUUUAGCAAAAUUAUCUGAAAAGUUCUCUCGUUUAAGUCUUUUGUAUAUGGAUGUUUCCCGCUGAAAUCCAAAGAGUUAUCGCCCAGCGAGAGGCCAUAGUUUAUAGGUUGUAUUUGUUGUUGAUCUAAUCGUUUGUUUCUCAUAUUUUUGUUUGUUUUGUUUAUGCUUAAGCACAGCACGCAUUCCGAUAAAAGCAAACAAACGCACACAGGCAGAGACACAUGUAUGUAUGUGUGGGACUCUAGCACUUGGUGAAAUUACUAACAAGGUGGCGUUCUCCGCUGAAAGAGACUCCGCUGUGGUGAAGACAUCACCUUGUGCACAAAUUCACCUUUCUAUUUAGACACAUACCAACCUCUCAUUUAUUAUCUCUCCAAUACUCAUUUCUAUUGAUUCUCUGAAUAUGAAUCUUUAUUUAUACAAAUAUUUGCACAAUAUUAUUUGCAAUACCCUCUGGGAAUUAUGUACUUCUGAUAACAGAAUAAUUAACAAACGAACAAAAUGAAAAA